AUGGGAAACCAAAGCAGCAGAAUCAGUGACCUGCUCUUACGAGCCCUUGACAACCUUUCUCAGGAAGACUUGAAAAAAUUUAAAGACAAACUAUCACAUUCUGACUUUGAGAGGAAAGGUACCAUCCCCUGGGGUCGGCUGGAGAAUGCCGACAGGAUAGAUACGAAGAACCUCCUGAUGGAAUUCUAUGGUGGAGAGGCUGCAGUAGAUGUGACCAUAGAGGUUUUCACUCAGAUCAACCUCUGAGAUUCUGCUGCAAAACUCAGAGAAGAAAGAGAGAAAGGGUUUCAUCAGAGUCAAAACCUAUCAGAGUUGUCGGCAAAAGGUUACAAGAAGAAGUAUAAAGAAGAUAUUAAAAAGAAAUACAAGCUAAUAAAAGAUAUGAACAGUCGUUUUGGUGACAAUAUGAUUCUAAACAGAAGAUACACAAACCUCACUAUUGUAGACAGACCUCGUCAGGCAAAGGAGAGAGAACAUGAAAUAAUGGCUGUAGGAUGGAGACAUGCAGAAAUCAUGACUGAACGAGCUAGUUCUGCAAUUACACUGGCCACCCUAUAUAAACCUGAUAAAGAUGGACAAACACCACAAGUCGUUGUGCUGCUGGGAGCUGCAGGGAUUGGGAAAACAAUGACUGCAAGAAAGAUCAUGUAUGAUUGGGCAGCUGGGGAACUUUAUAAGGAAAAGUUUGAUUAUAUUUUCUACAUAAACUGUAGGCAAAUGAACCUUCUUAACGAGCAGGGAAGUGUGGCUGACAUGAUUUUUAAAAAUUGGCUUAAUACAAAUGCACCAGUUAACCACAUUCUGGUGAAGCCAGAAAAACUCAUGUUUAUAAUAGAUGGGUUUGAUGAACUGAGAUUUUCCUUUGAUCAGCCUAAAGAUAAUCUGUGCACUGAUCCCUGGGAGAAGAAGUCAAUGGAAAUCAUCCUGAGCAGUUUAUUUAGGAGAACAGUUGUUCCUGAAUCCUACCUGAUGAUCACUACAAGGCCAGCUGCUCUGGAAAAACUCGGGCAGUGUUUCGAGUGUUCACGUUAUGCAGAGAUUCUGGGGUUUUCUGAAGCUGAGAGGGAGGAAUAUUUCCACAAGUUCUUUGGAAAUGAGAGAGAAGCAAGACAAGCUUUACGAUUUGUGAAAGCAAAUGAAAUUCUUUUCACCAUGUGCUUUGUCCCCUUUGUAUGUUGGAUCAUCUGCACGGUUCUGAAACAAGAGCUUGAGAAAGGUGAGAAUCUGACACAAACUUCAAAAACGGUCACUGGAGUGUAUAUGCUUUACCUUUCCAGUUUAGUCAAGCCUCUCAGCAACAAUACGAAGCAACACUUACAUGGAAAUCUGAGGGGACUUUGCUCCUUGGCUGCUGAUGGAAUCUGGAAGCAAAAGAUACUGUUUGAGGAAGAAGAAAUCAAGAAGUUUGGCUUAGAUCAAGAAAACUCUCUCCCCCUUUUUUUGAAUGAGAAUAUUUUUCAAAAAGAAACUGACUGUGAAUGUCUCUACAGCUUCAUUCACUUAAGUUUUCAGGAGUUUUUCGCAGCUAUGUUAUAUGUCCUAGAGGAAGAUGAAACAACAACAGCUUCAGGAAUUCCCAAGAAAGAUGUGAAAACUUUGUUAGAAAACUAUGGAAACUCUAAAAAUUAUUUAAUGUUAACAGUGCGAUUCCUAUUUGGGCUCUUAAAUGAAGAAAGAAUGAAGGACCUGCAGAAAAAAAUUGGGUGUAAAUUUUCACCUAAAAUUAAGGCAGAUUUACUGAAGUGGGUUCAAGUAAACCAACAAACAGAUUUAACCUUGCCCUGUGUUCAUGAGGGGAUUUAUCAAAGUUAUCAGCUUGAGUUGUUUCACUGUGUGUAUGAGAUGUAUGAAGAAGAUUUUGCAGUUAAUGCAUUGGAUCACUUCAUUGAACUGAAGUUAAAUCACAAUAAAUUUACUCAGAUGGAUCAAAGGGCUCUUUCAUUCUGUGUAAAGCAUUGUCGUAAUCUGGAGUCACUUUGUAUGUAUGACUGUACAUUUAGCUUAGAAGACCAUGAGGAAGAACUCCCUAGACGACAAAAGUGGCUACAUCAGAAAAACCAUCAGGAUAAGCCAAAGCAUUCGCCUAUUUACCUGCUCUGUCAAGCACUGAAGGAUCCAAACUGUAAAUUAAAGAAACUAGAGUUUUGUGAUUGCCAUUUGACAGCUGCUUGCUGUGAGGAUCUCUCCUCUCUUCUUGGUACCAAACAGACCUUGGUCGAGUUGCACCUGGCAGGAAACAGCCUGGGAGAAUCAGGAGUGCAGCUGCUGUGUGAGGGAUUGAAGCAUGCGAACUGCAAACUGCAGACACUGAGAUUGAAGGCUUGUAAACUCUCAGCUGCUUGUUGUGGGGAGCUCUCUUCUGCUCUCAGCAACAACCAGUCGCUGACAGAUCUGGACCUGAGUGAUAAUCAACUGGGAGCCAUGGGAAUGCAGCUGCUGUGUGAAGGACUGAAACAGCCAAACUGCAAACUGCAGAGAUUAGUGUUGAGAUGUUGUGGUCUCACGGGCUCCUGCUGUGGGGAUCUCUCCACUGUUCUCAGCACCAGCCAGAGCCUGACAGAGCUGGACCUCAGUUAUAAUUUUUCUCUGGGAGAUGUUGGAGUUCAGCUGCUGUGUGAGGGACUGAAACAUCCAAACUGCAAAUUACAGAUACUGGGGAUGGAGUGGUGCAGACUCUCAGCUGCAUGUUGUGGGUUUCUGUCCUCUGCCCUCGGCACCAGCCAGGCCCUGGCAGAACUGAACCUUUGGGGGACGAAGCUGGGAGAUUCAGGACUGCAGCUGCUGUGUGAAGGACUGAGACAUCCCAACUGCAAACUGCAGAAAAUACUAUUGGGGAGUUGCAGCCUCACAGCUGCUUGCUGUGGGGAUCUCUCCACUAUUCUCAGCACCAGCCAGAGCCUGACAGAGCUGGAACUGGCGGAUAACAAACUGGGAGAUUCAGGCGUGCAGCUGCUGUGUGAGGGACUGAAACAUCCAGACUGCAAACUGCAGAAAUUAAUCACCAGCCAGACCCUGACAGAGCUCGGCGUAAAGUGGAACAACCUAGGAGAUUCAGGAGUGCAGCUGCUGUGUGAAGGAUUAAAACAUACAAACUGCAAAUUACAGAAACUGCAACUGAGUGGUUGCCAUUUCACAGCUGCUUGUUGUGGGGAUCUCGCCUCUGCUCUCAGCACCAACCAGACGCUGACAGAGCUGAUCCUGGGAGAGAAAACAAUGGACAACUCAGGUGUGAAACAGUUGUGUGAAGGACUGAAACACCCAAACUGCAAACUGCAGAAACUGGGUUUGAGCAGUGUCAAUGUAAAUGAAGAAACACAGAGAGAGCUAGAUGCUGUGAAAAAGAGAGAACCUGAUAUGGUCAUACGUAUAUGGAAGAAUUGGUGAGCAGAAGCCAUUGCACCAACACCGCUCUGGCCUGGCUCUCGUCCUAGCUGGGACAACAGCUAGGGAUGGGACCUGCCUCUUUUAAGGCAUCUCUGCCAUCACCAAGGACUCCGGAUGUAUAUUCUCCUGACUGGUGUAAAGAGUGAGAACCUCACAAUAUGGGGAAAAAUAUGCUCCCGUUCUGUGAGCUUCUUGAAUUUACACAUUCAGCCUCCAUAGGCACAGGGAUGGAAGAGACUGUCAGGGUUGUGAGACCCAAAGACUUAUUAUGUGGAGCUGGUUAGGCUUUUAGGUUCACCCAAUUAUAUCUGCGCACAUCCUCAAGGUUGUAGACCCAUGUUGCUUAUUGAAAGAAAUGUUGUUUGGCAUCAGUUUUAUAAAUUGUAUUUAAACUAUUACACCAACAAACUGUAUCACCAAAGCGAAGCUACUAAUCGUACGACGAAACUAAAUGACGCUUAGAGCAAUGCAACUACCCAACCAAAAUCAAACCCCAAUUAAAUUAGUCUCAAUGUUGGAUCAAAAGUAUGUCACCAAAUUAGUUACCUCAUCAGAUUAAUAAGAACUGAUUAUUUGUUGUAUUAAUCCUAGAAGGGAUCUAAGAAGGUGACUGUUUUGGGUAUGAAUCCCAACUCAAUCAAUUAAAUCUAUAACUUGGUGCUGGUUAACUAUCUUAAUACUGUAGGCAGUUUAUUAUUUAAUGUCUGAACCGCAAGCUCAGAGCCGAUUACAAAGCUUCCUCCUGACAUUUCAGUGCGUGGUGGUGAAAACAUUCCUCCCCUCACCCAGAGCUGUUACAGUGUUCAGGCUUUAAAAAAAACACACGCUGAUAAGCAGAAGUUUGACAUCUCUUAUUUAGCAAUUGACAGCUUUGUUUCUCAGGCCUUAAACACACACAGCACAGAACAUGUCUUUGAGACUGUUUUAGGGCUACUUACAUCUGGGAAACGUUCUUUAAGGCAGCUUCCUGAUGUGGAUUCAGCUGGUGCUCAUACGCACAUGCUGCAUGCAUGUACAAAACUACGCUUUCACACCACCAGGUUAGAGAAUAAAAAAGGGCUAGGACAUCUCCCAGUUAACACAACCAAGACAAACAUAGAAAAAAAGGGGAAAAUAAGACAUUUAAGACGAUGGGGGGGAGCGGUGGUGAACACUUCAGUGCUCGCAGUUGUCUGGAUUCUCAUCACUUAGAAUCUGGAACUGCUGUUAAGGAGCCUGACAGUGAUGUUGAAGGCACAGCACUUCUCCUAGAGUGAUAUUACAGGGUGCAGGGAGACUGGUGAAAGCCUGGCAUAGCCGGUUUGUUGAUGUCUGGACUUCUUCUCCCCAAGGUGAGGGAUCUGACAUGUUCUGCAAUGCCCAUCUUCCCUCUGGUGGCUUGUUGACCUGAAAGGUGAGGCUUCUUAGCCUUAUCCUGGGUUCUGAAGUUUGCAAAUCUUAUGUAUUCUACCUCGCAGCACCUCCCGUGAAGGCAUUUGGACAAAUCACAUGCAAGAAGUUGAACAGAUUCCCCCAUUAAUUCCCCUCAUCUUGCUCCUAUGACCCUAUUGUAGUUUCCCCCAACAUUAGCCCUCUAAUAAGAUCAUCUGUUUUUUUAAUGCUUAUCUGUGGGCUUUUGUCACCUGCCCCCUUUGCACCUAGUUUAAAGCCAUCCUAGGUGCAAAGUGGCGAGUUGGUGCAUGAAGAUGCUGUUCCCCUUCUUGGUCAGAUGGGCCCAUCUCUUCCAAGCAGACUUUAUUAUGAGAACAGCAUUCCAUAGUCGAGGAAGCCAAAGUCCUCCCAUCCACACAAUCUGCAUAGCCAUGUAGACAAGCUCUAUGAUGCUAGUUCAUAACCUCCUUAUAUCUGCUGUUUCCAUUUCUCAAUGUAAUCGUUAUGGUUCCCAGGUGCGGAGUCAGCGUUUAUAGGUAAACAAAAUGUGAUGUCAAUGAGGUGAACUUUGGGGAAAUGUGGUGAACUUCAAUAAAAUACUGUUAUGCUGGAAGGCGUUAAUGCCUGCCAGCAAGCAUGUCUUUGAUCUGUAGGCAAAGACUUCUGUGAAACUGGGAGGUGUGCUAGUCGCCCUUCCUUCAGGCCAAAUGGAAGGAAGUAUGGCGUAAGACAGGCAAAAUGGACGACACUGCUCAAGACCCUGAACCACAAGGGAAAGACUGAGCGAGAAUUAACUCAGAAUAAGAUGGGUUUCCUGUACACUUAUUGCAAAACCUGGGACUGAGGCAUGGAUUGUUGUGUCACAGGCAAAAGCAACCACAAAGUUAAGAGAGAGAGACCAGAAACCUAGAGAAGCCCCGGUAGGAGAUGCAGGGACCUAGUCUUUGGGGCACAGGACUCGCUUCAAAGGCAGGGCAUGGAUUUCUGAGCAAAACUGCCUCCUGUUUGUUCUUCCCGUGCUCAGGAAUCAGAACUUUGUGUACAUUCUUUGUAAAUAAACAAGAUUGCACCAAAUCAAUUCCUGAUUCUAUAAUCAACUUCUUGUCCUAACAGAAACAACCCAGCAAGGCCCCAAAUAUUGGUUAAGCACUUAGGCCUAAGGGCAAUAAUAAAAAGGGAUGAGAAUCCUUUAACCUCAUUUUAUGUACAGUUAUAGAUAUCCAUUGCUUUGUGCAGACCUAUUUGUUCCCUUAAUAAUCAGCACCACACAUGUGCCUUUUAGUCACAAAAGUUAACCUGGCAGAAAGGAGCUAUGAUAUCUGGGCUAAGGAGCGACUGGCAAUGAAGGCUGCCUUUGCUGAGUGGUGCCACCUCUUAGAAGGAACUUACUGAUUCAAUGAACGUGGAAUAUCUCCUCAUGGCCCCAAAACUUAAAUCAGCAUCAGAUCUGCUGGUCACUAUUCUUUGCCCGAUUCGAGUUCAUUGUGACUUACUGUCAGGGUGCUAGAAAUGGAAAGAUGGACGUCUUGUCCCACAAGGAUGAAUAUGCUGAAUCACACACAAAGCCUCUUUUGACAGUCCUUAAGCCAGCCAAUUUUCUCAGUGGAACUGUGGACAAGAGCCUAAUGUCCAUCAUUCAGUCCCUGCUCCUCAUGACACAUUCGCUACCCAGAUCCAUCAGGCCUUGGACAAUAUGCAGCUAUUCAGUCCAUCGUGUUUCCAAUUGCAGCCUGGUAUCCUCUAUCAUGAAGAGUACAUUUAUGUCCCGAUGCUCUGCCUCGACUCAAAAUGCUGAAACUUUGCCAUGAUACACCGCUCGCUUAUCACGUUGGCCAAACUAAACCAUGGAGCUUGGUUUCAGAACUUCAGGUGGCUGGGUAUGUACUCCUUUGUUAAGAAAUACAUUAGCUCUUCCAACUUUUUGCUCCUGAACCCAAGCGUGAAGCCACUUGGCCUCCUCCAGUCCCUGCCCACCCCAUGCCAACCUUGGUUCACCAUGUCUCUGGACUUGACUGCAGAUCUGC